AUCUCUAGGGUUUCUUCUCCAGCCGCAGCUCUUGUUUUGCGGUUGUUGGAUCGAGCGAGAGAGAGAGAGAGAGAGAGAGAGAGAGAGAGCGGGGGGGAGCUCGGAGGCGGCGACAAUGGUGGAGAAGGCGAGCAAAGGUAGGAAGGAGGAGGUGGUGACGCGGGAGUACACCAUCAACCUCCACAAACGACUCCAUGGAUGCACUUUUAAGAAGAUGGCUCCCAAGGCAAUUAAGGAGAUAAAGAAGUUCGCGGAGAAGGCGAUGGGCACCACUGACGUGAGAGUCGAUGUGAAGCUCAACAAGCACAUAUGGAGCAGAGGGGUUCGAAGCGUACCGAGGCGGGUCCGUGUUAGAAUCGCACGUAAGAGGAACGACGAGGAGGACGCCAAAGAAGAGCUCUUCUCUCUGGUUACAGUUGCUGAGGUCCCUGCGGAGGGGUUCAAGGGCUUGGGGACCAAAAUUGUCGAUGACGAUACAGACUAAGUUAUCUUUUGCUUCUAUCUUUUGUUAUGGUUAUCUAGGUUUCGCGUGCUAGCGUCUGCCUUGGCGAAAAUUUUGGAUUCAUUAAUGAAUUGAUGGACGAUAAAUUAAGGCUGUAUUAGAGAUGUUUGAGAAGUUAUUCUCCUCUCAUGCUGCACAUUCCUGUUUAAUUGUUUUUGAGCUUUUAAGUCGAACAAAUCGAAGUUUUAUUCAACUGUUUACGUCUUCAGCUAGUGAUUGCAGUCCACGUUACUUGUCAA